UGUCUGAACAGUUCGAGACAAUAUUUCAAACGGUGCGGUAGCCAAAAAAUCUUCUCGUGCAGUGCAAAACCGCCAGUUCGAAUUUAUCAGUGCACUUCCAUCGUAAAAUAAAAAAAAUCAAGAACCAACAAAAAAGUUGUAGUUACUUAAAACUGAACCCAUCAACUUUCUUACUAUCUUGACAUAACUCCCAGUGCAGAUCGCGUGUUGAGAUUCGUUUUUGCGUCAGACGAAUGCGAUAACUAUCAAUUGACCCCUAGGGUAAGUGCUUAUAGGCGAAACUUUCAACUCACGUCAUUGCAAUGACAGAGCCCAACAUCAGCGCCGUGGCUGAGGCUGAGACGGUGGCCAAUGAAACAUAUAACUACGUGGAGCCCAAGAAAGCCAAGGAGAAGGAACCCUCAAUCAACACAGUCAGCUACACGCAUCUCUUUCGCUAUGUGGAUGGCAUCGAUUAUCUGCUCCUCUUUUGCGGCCUCAUUGCUGCCAUACUGCAUGCCUUAGUGUUCCCCAUUGCCAUCAUCAUCUACAGCGAACUGGUGGCCAUGUUCAUCGACAGAAAUAUGGGCAAUGGCACCAGCUCCACGACACAUGGUCUGCCCUGGUUCGGUGGCGGCACACAACUUACCAAUGCAACUCAUGAGGAGAAUAUGCAAGAGCUGCGCAAUGAUAGCGUCGCCUUUGGUAUUUUGAUGACUUUGGAUUCGCUGCUCAUGCUUUUCUCUGGCAUGACUUUUGUCAACAUUUUCAACCAUCUCGCUCUCAAGUUGACAGUGCGCAUGCGGCGCGAGUUUUUCAAAGCAACCAUCAGACAAGAAAUUGGCUGGCAUGAUAUGGCCAAGGAUCAGAACUUUGCAGUGCGUAUCACUGACAACAUGGAGAAAAUACGCACUGGCAUGGCCGAAAAUCUGGGACACUUUUUGACCAUAAUGUUUGAUGUGGCCAUCAGUGUGAUCAUCUCGUUUGUAUAUGGCUGGAAGUUGGCGUUGUCCAUGUUCUUCUACAUACCACUCACAAUGGUGGUGAAUGCUGUGGUUGCUCAUUACCAAAGCAAGCUAACGGCGAGGGAACAGAACUCCUAUGUGAAAGCCAGUUCCGUGGUCGAGGAAGUUGUGGGUGCCAUACGCACUGUGGUUGCCUUUGGUGGGGAGCGUUCCGAGUCCAUGCGCUAUGAUAAUCUGCUGAAGCCUGCACUCAAGGCGGGCAAGUGGAAGGGCGCCUUCUCGGGCCUCAGUGAUACGGUGAUGAAGGCCAUGAUGUUUAUUGUGGGUGCUGGCGCCUUUUGGUAUGGCGCCAAUCUCAUUUUGUACGAUCGCAGACCUGAGGUGCCCAUUCCGGAUAGGGAAUACACUCCUGCAGUUGUCAUGAUUGUCAUCGCAGGCAUUAUUGUGGGCGCCAAUCAACUCUCACGCACAUCGCCCUUCCUCGAGACCUUUGCCAUGGCUCGCGGUUCGGCGAGCGCCAUUUACGAUGUCAUCGAUCGUGUCUCGGCCAUCGAUCCGCUGUCUAAAGCGGGCAAAAUCCUCAACAACGGUCUGAAAGGGAACAUCGAAUUUCGCGAUGUAUUCUUUCAGUAUCCUGCACGCAAGGAUAUUAUUGUUCUGAGGGGACUCAAUGUCAAGGUUAAGCAGGGACAAACUGUUGCUUUAGUGGGCUCCUCGGGCUGUGGCAAGUCCACUUGCCUUCAGUUGUUGCAACGAUUCUAUGACCCGGUCUUUGGCCAAGUCUUUGUUGAUGGCGAGGACGUGCGCAAAUUCAAUCUCAACUGGCUACGCUCCAACAUCGCUGUGGUGGGUCAGGAGCCAGUCCUCUUCCAGGGCACAAUUGGUGAAAACAUACGUCAUGGCAAUCCGCAGGCUACGCAAAGGGAAGUCGAAGAAGCUGCAAAAGCAGCGAAUGCUCACAACUUUAUCAUUGCUUUGGAUAAUGGCUACGAUACGCAUAUUAGUGAGAAAGGCGUGCAGCUCUCCGGCGGACAACGUCAGCGCAUUGCCAUUGCCAGAGCUCUGAUACAAAAGCCAACAAUACUUUUAUUAGAUGAGGCCACCUCCGCACUGGACUAUCACUCCGAGAAGCUGGUGCAAGCUGCCCUGGACAAGGCGUGCAAGGGACGCACCACACUGGUGGUGUCACAUCGUUUAUCCGCCAUUCGGCAUGCGGAUCAGAUUGUUUACAUUGAGAACGGCAAAGCAGUGGAGCAGGGCACACACGAGGAGCUCAUGAAGCUCUCGGGAUACUAUCACAAAAUGGUGACAGCGCAUGAAUACGAUGACAAGGCUGAUGAGCUACUCAAUGAGAGCGUCGUGCACCAGCCAAACGAGCGCAAAAAGUCCCAUGAUGCUGAAGACCUGCCCAACCCAAUGUUGACUGCAAUCGAUAAGAAUGUGGAGUUUCAAAUGAAGCGCUUGAAUGGCGACGUCAAUCCGUCGAAACAACUUGAGACUGAUACUGCGAAGCACACAAAGAGCACCAGCUAUCCACGUACAUUCCUGCGCAUCCUGGGCUGGGCUCGACCCGAAUGGGGUUUCCUCAUCAUUGGCACCAUUUGUGCCGGACUCUUUGGCUGCACCAUGCCCGCCUUUUCCGUUGUGCUCGCCGAGCUUUAUGCCUCGCUGGCCGAGACCUCAGACGAAGCUGUGCUGGCUCACAGCUCAUCCAUGUCCAUAGUCAGUGUAGUGAUUGGCAUCUGUGCCGGCAUCUUUUGCUUCGUGCAGACCUUCUUCUAUAAUCUAGCCGGAGUGUGGCUUACAUCUCGCAUGCGAUCGACGACCUUUGCCUCCAUUAUGAAACAGGAAAUGGGCUGGUUUGAUGAAAAGGAGAACAGUGUAGGAGCGCUCUCGGCUCGCCUCUCUGGCGAUGCAGCAAGUGUCCAAGGCGCCAUCGGAUUCCCCCUCAGCAAUAUUAUACAGGCGCUGACCAAUUUUAUAUGCAGCUUUUCCAUAGCAUUUUCCUACUCAUGGGAGCUGGCAUUGGUCUGUUUGAGCACAGCGCCGUUUAUGAUCGGAUCGAUUGUGUUCGAGGCGAAGUUUAGCGAAAAGUCCGCCAUGAAAGAGAAGAAUGUGCUAGAGGAAACGAGUCGCAUUGCAACCGAGACGAUAGCCCAAAUUAGAACAGUGGCCGCAUUGCGUAGGGAGGAGGAGCUGAUCAAGGUCUACGAUGAGGAAGUUGAUCGCUAUCAACAGCAGAUCAAAAAGCGGUUAAGGUGGCGUGGAUUGGUCAACUCAAUGGGCACGACUUUGAUGUUUUUCGGCUAUGCGGUGACCUUGACUUAUGGCGGUUUUAUGUGCGCCGAAGGUCGCAUCAUAUUCCCAGUGAUCAUGAAAAUUGCCAAUACGAUGCUGUAUGGAUUGUUCAUAUUGGCUCAAUCCUUGGCCUUCACACCUGCCUUUAAUGCAGCUCUGCUUUCGGCCACACGCAUGUAUGAAAUGAUAGAUCGUCAGCCACUGAUUCAAUCACCAAAUAUUGUGGAGCCAAAUGGCAAUCGUAAUGGAGUCUUUAAGACGAAUGCUCUGCAACAAGGUGUCAGUUACCGCGGACUUAACUUUGCGUAUCCCUCGCGACCCGAUUACUCAGUGCUGCAGGACUUUAAUUUGGAUGUGCUGCAGGGACAAACAGUGGCGCUUGUUGGCGCCUCCGGUUCGGGCAAAUCCACGUGUGUGCAGCUUCUGAUGCGUUACUACGAUCCCGAUGAGGGCAAGAUACUCAUUGAUCAGGAGAGCAUACACCAGGACAUGGAACUUAAGACGCUGCGUCGUCGCUUAGGCAUUGUUUCACAAGAGCCUUCGCUCUUUGAGAAAACCAUUGCGGAGAAUAUUGGCUACGGUGACACCUCACGCUAUGUGCCCAUGCAGCAGAUUAUUGAGGCGGCUAAAAUGGCCAAUGCCCAUGACUUUAUCAUGUCACUGCCUGCGCAAUAUGAAACCAUGUUGGGCGCCAAGGGUACACAGCUCUCGGGCGGACAAAAGCAACGCAUUGCCAUUGCACGAGCCAUGGUGCGAAAUCCCAAGAUACUUCUGCUGGACGAAGCCACCUCUGCGCUGGACUUACAAAGCGAAAGAGUGGUACAACAAGCGCUUGAUUCCGCUUGCUCUGGUCGUACCUGCAUUGUGAUUGCUCAUCGACUGUCGACUGUGCAGAAUGCGAACAUUAUUUGUGUGAUUCAAUCCGGUCGCAUUGUAGAGCAAGGCACACAUUCCCAGCUGCUGGCGAAGAAUGGCAUUUAUGCCAAAUUGUAUCGCAGUCAAUCGAAAACCAAAUAACGCGCAUAAGUAUGCAACAGUAUUUUCACAAAUGUCAUAGCCCAGACAAAAACCUAUGCGCAUAAAAGUAUACUACAAUUUUAGGUACAAUAUAUUUGUAAAGAACAAUGUAUAAUAAAGACGUCAUAGAAACUGCCCUAAAUACAGUGAA